AUGCCCGCGCUCGUGCUCUUUGGCCGGCGCAGCCGCAUCGGCAGCGACGACUUCUUCUGCCCGGCGCUGCUGCAGCUCAUCUUCCAGAUCCCGUUCGUGCUCACGGCGGUGCUCUUCGUCUCGUCGUACCGGCGCUGCUCGACCAUGCAGCUGCACAACCUCUCGGGCUUUCCAUUUUGGUUUGUGCUGCUCGCGAUCCCGAUCCACGGCUUUAUGAUGUUCAUGAACAUCCUUGAGCUCCACGUUGCCUCGCAGGGCACAAUCAUCCGGCACGAGAGCCGCGUGCUGAUGAAGCCGCUCAUCAUGGUCCACUUUGUGUGGGCGGUGGUCAUGGCUGUCUACGGCACGGUGGGCCUCGUCUUCCAUUACCGCGGCGAGCUCUGUUGGCCCGACAGCAACUUUGUGCUCGUCAUUGCGCUCGGGCUGCUCGUCAACGUCCUUGGCAUGCAGAUAUUCGCAUGCUGCAUCAUUGGCGGCACGCCCGUGCACCGCCGCCGCCGGCUCUCGAGCGGCAACCUGCGCCGCGACCUCUCGCGCAACGAAGAGCUCGACUUGCUCCAUGGCAUUGACGACCCGAAUUUGCCCAACAGCGACUUGUACAUUCCUCACCAGGAAAAGUGGGAGCAGCGCUGCCACCAGUGCUGCGGCUGCAUCCAGUGCUUUACGUGCGGCCUCUUUGGCGGCGGCGGCACGCGCACGGACGCCAUGUCGGUGGUCGCGUCGGUCUUUGCUCGCUUCUUCUACGGCAGCCCCGACUUGGUCUUCUCCGAUAUCAUUGCCGGCUUUAUCCUCCUCGGUGCCGUCCAGUACCACGAGACCAACACAGCGACCGAGCAUCUGACGAUGCGCGAGCUGCGCGCGUCGCGCCACCUCCUCGCGUCCGCGAGCUCGACCAUCGACUUUGAUCUCGUGUCGAUGGAAGAGGCCGUCCGGCCGCUCGACCAAACCAACGAGGCGCUGGACGCGGCGGUGAUCGAGCUGGCCCAUUACUCCAAGUACGCGAUCGGCAUCUACGGCUGGAUGCUCUACGUGUGGUCGCACCCGUGGCGCGGCUGCCCACAGCUGCUGUUUUCGUGCGUCAAGCGCCAUCGUUCGUACGUCCACGGCGACAACUGGCUCCAUUUGCACCAAGCCGCCCUGCAGCUCGAGACGUCGGCGGCGGCCGCCGACAUUGUGUACGCCGACUUUUCCAACUCCGUGUGCAAGCCGGCCUACUGCGUCAUGCUCGACCACGAGAAGCAGUCGGUGGUCGUCGCGAUCCGGGGCACGCUCUCAUUGGAAGACUGCCUCACCGACGCGAUUGCCUACGGCCAUUCGAUGGACGACGUCGCCGCCAAGUACAACUGCGCCGGUCGCGGCGCCUUCGCCCACCAAGGCAUGCUGCAGUGCGCCGAACAUAUCAUGGACGAACUCGCGCGCUUGCGAGUGCUCGACAUGCUUCUCAACCCGGACGCAGCGCCGGUGCCCGAGCCGUUGGCGGUCAACGAGUGCUACCCGGGCACGUACGCAAGCUAUAGCCUCAUCGUGACGGGCCACUCGCUCGGCGCAGCGACCGCCGCGCUUCUGUCCAUCUUUCUCAAGCCAAAGUACCCGCGCGUGCGCUGCCUCGCGUUCAGCCCGCCGGGCUGCCUCAUGUCGCCGAGCUUGGCGCAGGCGUCGGCGACGUUCAUCACAUCGGUCGUCCUCGGCAAGGACAUCAUUGCGCGCGCGAGCUUGCUCUCGAUGCAGGACCUCCGCGACGAAGUCCUCGAGCUCAUUGGGCGCAGCAAAGUGAGCAAGGCUGCCAUCAUGCGGCAAGCGCUCUCGUGGAAGAACCCGCGGGACCUCCUCCACGCAGCCGAUGACGUUGCGACAUCCUCGUUCACGACGCAGCUCACCAACUACAAGUCGAUGCUGCAGCAAAUCCAGGACCACGAACCCAUCCACGAGAUGUGGCUGCCGGGUCGUGUCGUCCAUCUCAAGCGCCAAGUCCGCUCGCAGAAACGCGGCUUUUGCAUGUGUUGCCGCCCAGGCACGGGCAUCUGCUGCACGGACCGCACCGAUUACGACUGCGCGUGGUCGGAUGCGACCAAGUUUCUCAAGAUCUACGUGAGCCGCACGAUGCUCGACGACCACUUCCCCGACAAAGUCCACGCCGUGCUGCAGGACCUCGCCAAGACCAAGAAGCAGACGUAAAUGCAAAUCGUGGAGGUGUUUUAUAGCUUUGUUAAAUAAGAGAAAUCCCAUGCAC